GCUGCUGGGCUGGGACUGAGUCACUUCUUCCCAGGCUGUAAAUCCUGGGACUGCUGUGCAAGGCAGAGUCACUAGGGACGGACUCAGGCAGCAGAGCUGCGCUCUCAUGCCCCAGCCAGCCAGGCUCUCCUGGGUUCUGCGUCCUGCUUUGUGUAAGGAGAGAGCUGGGCAGUGAGGCCGAAGGUCCUUCCUGAGCUCACAGUCCAAGUCGCAAGGAAUCACAUCAUUUCCAAGUACCCAUGGCAGAAGAGGGAGCCAUCCUCAAGGUCACCAAAGACCUAAGAGCAGCUGCCGUCUCUGCCAUCCUCCAGGGCUAUGGGGAUGGGCAGGGGCCAGUGACGGACACCAGUGCCGAGCUGCACAGACUCUGUGGCUGCCUGGAGCUGCUGCUGCAGGGCUGCAGUGUCCCUCUCUGGGCCCCGGGACCCAUCAGGAGGAGAAGAGGAUGAGAUCCCCCUGGAGAGAAAGGCAGUAUCACAACCAGGCGCCCUGCUCCCCACACACAGGCAGCAUCUGCUCAGCCCCAGCCCUGGGGCCGUGCUUUACUUCUGCACCCUCUCCUCAAAGAACACACAUUUUCCAUUCAGCUGGGGCACAGGAAAGGAUGAGUAGGUGUCUUGAGGAGAAUGAGUACCCAGGCAAGGCUAGGGGCACUCCAUGGGGAAGGAGUGGACACCCCCAGCCUAGUGUGGAUCAAGAUUUUGACCAGAAAGAGCAGAAGAGCUUCCUGGGGCCUCGGAAGGAUUACUGGGACUUUCUCUGCACUGCCCUACGACGGCAGCGGGGAAACAUGGAGCCAAUCCACUUUGUCCGUUCCCAGGACAAGUUGAAGACCCCCCUGGGGAAAGGCCGUGCCUUCAUCCGCUUCUGCCUGGCCCAUGGGCAGCUGGCUGAGGCCCUGCAGCUUUGCCUCCUGAACUCAGAGCUCACCAGGGAAUGGUAUGGAUCCCGGAGCCCUCUGCUCUGCCCAGAACGCCAAGAAGACAUCCUGGACUCUCUCUAUGCUCUCAAUGGGGUGGCCUUCGAGUUGGACCUCCAGCAGCCAGACCUGGAUGGAGCCUGGCCCAUGUUCUCAGAGUCACGCUGCUCCAGUUCCACCCAAACCCAGGGAAGGAGACCCAGAAAAAACAAAGAUGCCCCAAAGAAGAUCCCAGCCGCAUAUGGAGGGCCUGAAAAUGUCCAGAUUGAGGACUCACACACCAGUCAAGCCAUCUGUCUGCAAGAUGCACCCAGUGGACAGCAGUUGGCAGGGCUUCCCAGGUCCCAGCAACAAAGGCAUCUUCCUUUCUUUUUGGAAAAGAAGGGGGAAAAUUCCAGGCAACAUAGGUACCCCCAGAGUAUGUGGGAGCCAGAAGGGGAGGAGCUUCAGCUAGACCAGGAGGAAAGAGCCCCAUGGGUUGAGAUCUUCCUGGGGAACUCAACACCCAGCACCCAGGGACAGGGGAAGGGGGCUAUGGGCACUCAGAAGGAGGUGAUAGGGAUGGAGGCUGAGGUCACAGGGGUUCUGCUGGUUGCAGAGGGUCAGAGAACAACAGAGGGGACUCACAAAAAGGAAGCAGAGUGGAGUCACGUCCAGAGGCUGCUGAUGCCCAGCCCCAGAGGGGCUGUAGAGGGAGCAGUAUCAGGGAGCAGGCAGGGGUCGGGGGGCUCUAGCAUCCUGGGGGAGCCCUGGGUCCUUCAGGGACACGCAACAAAGGAAGACUCUACCGUGGAGAAUCCACAACUGCAAACAGAAGUGACCCUUGUGGCCAGAAGGGAGGAGCAAGACGAGGUGUCCCUGCAGGACGAGAUCAAGAGCCUCAGACUUGGGCUCCGGAAGGCUGAGGAGCAGGCCCAGCGCCAGGAGCAGCUGCUGAGGGAGCAGGAGGGGGAGCUGCAGGCACUUCGGGAGCAGCUCAGCAGGUGUCAGGAAGAGAGAGCCGAGCUGCAGGCACAGCUGGAGCAGAAGCAACAGGAGGCUGAGAGGAGGGAUGCCAUGUACCAGGAGGAGCUUGGAGGGCAGCGGGACUUGGUCCAGGCCAUGAAGAGGCGGGUGUUGGAACUGAUCCAAGAGAAGGACCGCCUGUGGCAGAGGCUCCAGCAUCUCUCUUCCAUGGCUCCUGGGUGCUGUGUGGCCUGUAGCAAGAUCUUUGGCCGAUUUUCUCGGCGGUAUCCAUGCAGCUGACUACUCAUUCUACCACAUCUGGCUUCCAACACUAAGCAGAGCCACAAAGGAGAAGAGCAGAAGGAUCAGAUAAGGAAUGGGGUCCGGGGAGCGGGAUUGGGUCCCCCUCCAAGGGCCGAUUGAGAAAUGGGCCUCUCAUCUGGAAGGGAGCAUCUGUACAGCGUAAGCUGCUCCCCCUCCUUCCUCUGUGAGCACAGUGCUAGGACCAGCCUUGGGAGAGAGGAAAGUGAGCCACCAGGAGAAGCUGCCAUGUGGAGGUGGAGGCUCUGGAGGGGUCGGGCAUCAGGACACCCUUCAGGAGAGGGGAGACCUCCUGAGACAAACCAAGGGCAUUCCACUGGGAGAUGAGAAACAGAUGUCUCAGGUGGACCAGAAGAUGCUGAAACUCCAUGACCUCAGCGCCCACUUGGGGAAGUGCCAGCUGCAGAGGCCGCCCCAGGCUUUCCUGCCUCUGCCUUCCAGGCUCUGCGGAGGCCUGCUCUGCCACGCUUGCUCCGUGGAUUACAAGAAGAGAGACCGCUGCUGCCCACCCUGCGCCCAGGGAGGAGAAGCCCAGGUCACCUGACCAAGACCAAGACCAGCCCAUGACUGGCCUCCCACCCGCCUGCCCAUCCCACUCAAUCCUCUCCCUGCCCGUAGCUCUUCCCAGCCCUCUUGUUUGUCCAGUCCUCAUUCUAGACACUGAAGAUCUAAGGCACCAGCACUUCUGUGGGCAGAGUAGGGUGUGGGGAGUGGUUCCAGCCCUGCAACUACCACAACGAGCCAGGUGACUUUGGCGAAGCUCUCAGUGCUCAGGGCUUCUUCUCUAACGUUAAGAGUUGGGCCCCAUCCUCUCUAAAGUCCCUCUGGGCUCAGCAAAUCCAUGACUGUGGAUAAGACCCCAGCAGCCCUGACAUUUCUCCUCCACACUCCCCACUCACCCAGCAGCGGUGCCCACCCUUCCUGAUUCACGAGAAGUGAAGCCUGCACUAUCUUGGACUCUCCAGCAGCUUCCUGUCUGGAGUCAGCUUCAGGGAUCUGUGUUUGUGUUGCUGUGUUUCUUUUUAUGUUUAUUGAAGUACUACUGACAUAUGAUAAACAUCACAGAGUGUACAAUUUGAUGAGUUUUGAUUUUAAUAAACACCAAUGAAACCAUCUUCAU